ACACUCUUUCAUGAAAGAUUGAAGCAUAUUGAGGUAUAUAUCAUUUCAUUAAUGAAAAGUUUCCAUAGAGGCUUCUUAUUACUUGACAUGUUCUGACAGGAGAACUAGAUGCAGAUACCCCCAAAAAAUUUCAACAAUAAUAGAAUAGACUAUAUUUCUAACAGGCUGAGCAUGAUUAGCAUACAUAUAUACUCCAGCUCGAGGGGAUUUUCAGAAAUAGCCAUUAGUUAAGUGUUAUUGGGCUAGGCGUAUCCCUCCCGCGGUGUGCUUUAUUUCUUAGUAUAAACAUAGAGAUAGGGGAAACAGGUCAUUUUUUUCCUUAAUUUUCUCUAACAGUGAUAAUGAAGAUCCCUUUAACCCCUUUAUCUCCAUACAAGUAAAGUGACAUUUGACAAUAUAUCGGUGUCUUGUUGGACGACCUCCGAAAUUUGUCAUUCUUGUUUUCAGAUUCAAUGAUUUAUUAGCAUAAUCACCACUGUCGUUUAAAACUUCUUUAUUUAUCAUAUUAGUUGUGCUUGCUACUUAAGUGUUUUUUUUUUUAUAAAAUUAAUGGUGAUAUUGGGUUAAUUUAUAUGUGAAAUCUUUAUGUUUAAUUUAUUAUCAUGAAUUGUUUCAGGCUCCAUUAUUAAAAAAGUAUCCUGCAAACCUAUCUGUCACAGCAUAUUCAUACUUCUUUGGAGCUUUACUGAUGGUAACUACACCAUACUUCGUAACCGAUGAGUCAACUGACUGGAGUUUGAAUCAGUCUGAAACAUUUUCCGUUUUAUAUGCUCACUUCGUAAGCCAUCACUAUCAACGUUUCAGACAUUGAUCUUCAUCUUGUUUGUGAUCUUCACAAUCCUCAUUCUCAUUCUCUUAACUCCCCGUAUCCCAAAAUUCAACCACCUCAACUCCAUCUCUCGUAGUAACACUCUCAGAAGCCAAGAUGAUGACAGUAAAAGUUGGGUUGAAAUCAUAUCGUGGGAACCUAGAGCCUUUUUAUACCAUCAUUUUCUGUGACACUGAGGAAGAAGUGUGGGUUACUGGAGUCUGGAACUGAGUGCUGUCACAUGCAAACAGAACAAACAACAAAAAAUAUAAACUCUGCAACUCAUUGGAUUGACCAGUUUGUUUUAUCAAAUGGAUAAGAGUUGGAUAUCAAACAACUCUGCAACUCAAGAGGAGUACAUUAGAGGUAUUUUAAACUUUCUUGAUUUCGCAUUUGCAAAUUCGUCAGAAAAUGGAAAAAUUUUAUGCCCUUGCACUAAAUGUGUCAAUUGCAAGAAGCGCUCUCGUAUGGAUGUUUACGAACACUUAAUCAGUCGAGGUUUUCUAAAAGGUUACAUUCGUUGGAUCUUUCAUGGUGAGAAAGUUAGCACUUCAAAUCCUGCAAGUGCAUCUGAAGUACAACACGAGUUUGAUCAUGACAUGAAUACAUUGAUUCAUGAUGCAUUUUCAAUGCAUACAAAUAGUGAUGAUAAUGAUGCAUAUAUAAAUAUGGAGGAUGUGGAUCCAGAAACAUUCAUAAAUGAACAUAAUGUUCAACAAUCUGAAGUGGGUGAUAAUUCUGAUAAGUUCUUUAAGUUGUUGAAGGAGGCAGAACAAAAUCUUUAUCCUGGUUGUAAGUUUUCCAAACUAUCCUUUAUUGUACACCUGUACCACUUAAAGUGCCUAAAUGGAUGGACAAACAAAAGCUUUUCAAUGUUGCUAGAGUUGUUAUGUGAUGCAUUUCCAAAAGAAAAUACAUUGCCAAAGUCAUUUUAUGAGACAAAGAAGAUUAUUUCAGGGUUGGGAUUAUCAUAUGAAAAAAUUCAUGUUUGUCCUAAUGAAUGUAUAUUGUAUUGGAAGGAUUUGGCUCAUACUAAUGUUUGCCCUACAUGCGGCAUCUCAAGAUGGAAAGUCAACUCUGAUGAUGUUGAAGGUAGAAAAAAAAUACCUGCUAAGGUUCUUCGUUGGUUUCCUCUUAAGUCUAGAUUACAAAGACUUUUUAUGUCAUCAAAAACUGCUUCUUUCAUGACAUGGCAUGAAGAUAGUCGAACUAGAGACGGACUCAUGAGACAUCCAGCAGAUUCUUUUGCUUGGAAGGAUUUUGAUCAUCGAUAUCCCGAUUUUUCCUGCGACCCUCGAAAUGUUCGACUAGGUUUAGCUUCCGAUGGCUUUAAUCCAUUCAAAACCAUGACAAUUUCUCACAGCACUUGGCCUGUUGUCUUGAUUCCAUAUAAUCUUCCUCCGUGGAUGUGUAUGAAGCAACCAAAUUUCAUACUCUCGCUGCUUAUUCCUGGUCCAAAAAGCCCUGGUAAUAAUAUUGAUGUAUAUAUGCAGCCUCUUGUGGAAGAAUUAAAGGAAUUAUGGGAAAUUGGGGUCAAAACUUUGGAUGCAUGUAAAAGAGAGUCAUUUCAAAUGCAUGCUGCAAUCAUGUGGACUAUUAAUGAUUUCCCUGCUUAUGCAAAUUUGUCAGGUUGGAGUACUAAAGGACGAUAUGCUUGUCCAUGUUGUGGUCUUAACACAGCGUCUAAAUGGUUGUGUUAUAGUAAAAAGUUUUCUUAUAUGUGUCAUCGACGCUGGUUAGAGCCUGGUCAUAAGUGGAGAUACAAUGAAGGACAUUUUGAUGGAAACCAAGAGUUUAGAGCUCCUCUUGAGGUACCCAAUGGAAAUAUUGCUCUGAGACAAUUGGAAAGUCAUGAAAAUGGGAUGUUGUCCCCAUGGAAAAAGAAAAGCAUUUUUUUCACAUUGCCAUAUUGGAAAUAUAAUGUUCUUCGUCAUAAUCUUGAUGUGAUGCAUAUUGAAAAAAAUGUUUGUGAUAACAUUGUUGGUACAUUAUUAAAUUUAGAAAGAAAAUCAAAGGAUAAUGAUAAGGCUCGUUAUGACCUUAUAGACAUGAACAUAAGAAGUCAGCUACAUCCAAGGAUCCAUCAAAGCAAUGGUAGAAAGUAUUUGCCUAGAGCUUGUUAUCAAAUGACAUCAAAUGAGAAGGAAUCUUUCUUGGAAGUUCUAAAGAAUAUGAAAUCUUCUGAUGAAUGUGUUUCUAGUAUUCCAAGACGUGUGCAAGUGAAACAAUGCAAGAUAUUUGGUCUCAAAAGUUAUGAUUGUCAUCUCUUAAUGCAAGAGUUUCUUCCUAUUGCUAUGAAAGGUUGUUUUCCCAACAAUGUGAGUAAAGUGAUAAGUGAUCUUUGUCAUUUCUUUAAAGAACUAUGUGGUAAAGUGCUUAGUGAGCAUAAUUUGGAGCACUUGGAGAAUCGAAUAGCUAAAACAUUGUGCCAAUUAGAAAAGAUUUUCCCUCCAUCUUUCUUCACUAUAAUGGUGCAUUUGGUAAUCCAUUUGGCAUAUGAGGCAAAAAUUGCUGGUCCAAUUCAUUAUCGAUGGAUGUAUCCAAUUGAAAGGUUCCUUUUUACUCUAAAGUCAUUUGUUCGUAAUCGAGCAUACUCGGAAGGUUCUAUUGCAGAGGAUUAUUUAGCUAACGAAUGCUUGAUAUUUUGUUCACGAUAUCUCUCUACGGUGGAAACACGGUUUAGUCGACCUAGUCGAAAUGAUGAUUCCUCUUUUGUAGAAAAUGCCAAUGUGUUUAAUCCUAGAGGUAGACCAUUGGGGAGAAAAAAUCUUGUUGGGUUUAAAGUGAAGAAAAGGAAAAGAGUUUCUCGAGUUUCUCUUGAUAAAAAAACAUUGCUACAAGCACAUAGAUAUGUGCUUUUCAACAACACUAAUGUUGACCCCUUUCAAAGAGAACACAUUGACUUUAUCAAGAGACGUAGUCGAAAUCGUCGGCUAUCACCAUAUGAUAUUGAAAAAAUUCACAGUCGAACUUUUUCUGAUUGGUUUCGCGAAAGAGUAGCACGAUUGGAAGAACAAGGAAGUACUAUGGUCACAGAUGAAAUCAAAUGGUUAGCACGGGGGCCAUUAGAAGUAGUGAAAAACUAUAGUGGCUAUAUUGUUAAUGGGGUUAGAUUUCAUACAAAGAAGCGGGAAAGGUGCUUAAAGACUCAAAAUAGUGGAAUUUGUGUUACUGUUAAGACCAAAAGUUAUGCCAGUACACGAGACAAACACCCUAAGGAAGGAGAAAUAAACUACUAUGGUUCAUUGAUAGAUAUAAUUCAGUUGGAUUAUGCAGGAAAAUAUAAAAUUGUACUUUUCAAGUGUGAUUGGGUUGACAUAAAUAAGGGAUGCAAUAUUGAUGAUUUUGGUUUGACAUUAGUAAAUUUUAAUUACUUGCAACAUACAGGAAAUGAUAUAUGUGAUGACCCAUUUAUUUUUGCUUCUCAAGUUAAGAAAGUAUUCUAUGUGGAGAAUAAAACACAAAAUGAUUGGUUAGUCGUUGUGCAUGCUAAAGUUAGAGAUGUAUAUGAUUUGGGUGAUGCUCAAUCCAAUGACAUAGAUAAAGGGCAUGAGCAAGUCUUGGAAGAGAUAAAUGAUGACGCUACACCCCCUUAAAGUUGACGCCAAGUGUGGGUGUCACUCAAAGUCCAAUAGACAUUUACCUACAGAUUAUUGACUUUUAGUGACACUUUUUGAAUGUCACCGAAAGUCAAUUUUCUUGUAGUGAGUACAUAUGUUUGUCUUAUGAAAAGGUGAUGAGUGGCUAUAUGUUUGUGUUAUUGUAUCUGA